UGUCCUUUUAACAAUUGUCUAUGAGGCUGUACUGUAGGAAAAUUGUCCAAAAUAUCCACAUUUCAAGCUGUCCACCUUCAUUAUCAAGUAUUGUAAUACUUGCUUAAUCAUUAUGCCAUGUCUGCUUUCAAAAGAUUACCAGCCAUUAAUUUUGAGUGGUGUAAUUUAAUGACACCUUACACCUAGCCAUAGGAUUUUAUAAGGUUAUAUGUAAAACUGUUGCUAUUAUAAGCCCUCAGUUUUCACAUUUUUCCAGUCACUGGGAAAUUUGUGGUUUCAACCAAAACAGCCUUUACCUUUUUCUUUUCCAUAGAAUAAAGUAAAACAUUAAACACGAAUUUUAACAAGUUUAUGAUAAUGAGGGAAACUGUGGUUUUGUUUGAAUUUAAAUUAAAAGCAGGGAAUAUUUUCAAAAAUAUCUUAGUCAUAUUUUUAACAUAACUCCCCCUUCACACACAUACACAUUCACACUUACACAAAUAUACAGAUAUGUGAGCAUGUUUUGGUCAGUUCUAUUCAUUUUCUUUUCCAAUUUUCUCAUGCCUGCUUUGUUUUUCCUGUUGUACUCCCAAACUCUGUGGUCAUCGUCGUCCUCGUUGUGGUUGGUGAUAUCGUUGUGCUCCAUAGGUGGAAAACGGCAGCUCGUUUCCUCCAGCAUCAGAGAGUGGUGCCAAAGAGCUAAGUGUUAGCCCUUACAGUGCUGAUGAAUCAAUGAAACCAGGUAAAUUGAGUGAGGUCAAUAAAAGUACUGGUGAUUGUUGCAACUCCGAGCCAGUUAGAGGUGACAAACAGGAGCCACGCAAGAAGAAGAAGGAGCGGCCUGAAAGAGCCCUGUAUGACCCACGCAAAGCCUUGGAAAGACGUCAACAGUCAGAAACGGCUCGAUUGCAGUAUCAUGAGAAAGGAAAUAAUAACCCAGAUAAAGGAGGAAACAUUUCUGAGAAUAAGGCAGGAAGCCAAGAAAAAGUUUUACCUGAACGUCGUGACAGAAAUGCUUCUCAUGACAAGAAUAAGGGUAACUUAGAUAAGAGCCGGGUGGAUAACAAUAAGACCAACUCUGAAAAAGUCUCAUAUUCUAAAGGUGGAUACAACAUAGAUAAAGCAGCUGCAAACAAAGGCAGUGCAGAAGUUGCUUCUCUGUCCAGCAUUGCUGCUAGUAUGGAAGGUGGAGUUUCUGUUGAAAACUCCGUUUCUGCAGAUGUUAGCAGUCAUAUCAUUGAGGAGAGCAGGUGCCAUGUUGAGGAGUGAAAGUUCAGUGAAUGGUUAAUUCCAACCAUGAUAAAUAAAGUACAUGAAUUGUUCACUGCCAUUUACAGCUACUGAACAUCUGUUGCAUCCUGCUGCACAAUAGCAGGUUACAGUGAAGUGUUGUUCAUGGCCCAAUAUAUGGUGAGAGAGUGUCAAGUUGCACAUUGACCAUACAGACAGACCUGAGUGGAUGAUACUGAAUUCUUGGGUUUAACUAUUCUGUUAGAGGAAUUUUGCUGGGGAAUGUCAAAUACUUCUGUCCUCCCAUCUUCAGACACACUAAGUAUUUUUGUUCUCCCUUUUCAUUUGAAGGAAUAUUUAAUAAAUUCUUAAACAAACUGUG